UGCCACCUCCCUGGUAUCUAUGCUGCGUGCACCCACUCCAUGUGCAGCGAGCCACUUUCCCCACCACCACCACACGGGAAAUCCCCACCUGCAGCCGCCGACCGGCGACAGGACCGCGAGAUAGAUGCCGCCCCGCCACCUCCUACGCCUCUCCGCCGCUCCCUCGCCACCGCCGCCUCGCACCCCCCGUGGGCCGCGAUGGGCCACACGGCCUGGACCGUCGGGGCGCCGGGCGCGCAGGUGCGCCUCGCCGAGCCGCCGCGCAUCUCCGAGGUGUACGUCCCGGAGCAGCUCCUCAAGACCGGCCCCCUCCCCGACCCCGACGGCGACUUCGUGCAAGGGCAUGGCGGCGCCGUCUGCGCCGCAAGCGCCGACGGCCUCCUCCUCCUCGUCUACGCGGAGACGCGCUUGUUUGCUCGCAUCGUCGCCAGGCAGGGCGGCCGUCCGCUGCGGCUGCCACCCCAAACCGACGCCCUCAAGAGCAUCGACCCCGACCACGUCCCCAACGUCACGCGCUUCGUCCUCAACCCUCUCACGCGCCAGAUAACCCGCCUCCCGAACCGCGUGACCAAGUUCGAGGUCUCCCCGCUUUUCAAUCUCCGCAUGGGCCUCCUCACCCAGGCCGAUCGCGGGCACGGGCCGCCUGACAAGUUCGCCGUCGCCGAGCUGCAGGAGGGGGACCUGAUGCUCCGGUUUCUCUCGGAAAAGGGCAGGUGGGAGAACGUGGUGCUCUCGCCGUGCCAGCUCCCGUCUGCGCGGCGAAUGAAGAUAGACCAGCCGGCGCUGGCGUUCGGCGGCCGCCUGUGGUGGGUCGACGUGACCUGGGGCGCAGUCUCCGCCGACCCCUUCACCGAUCGGCCGGAGCUCUCCUUCAUCGAGCUGCCGAGGAGCAGCGUGCUGCCUGCAAGGAGCCCGCUGCCUGAAGCCGAGGGCGAGGUGUCUUGGAGUGAGUACCGGCGCGUGGAUGCAAACCAAGGGCGGCUGCGGUACGUCGAGGUCUCUCGAAAGGAACCGUUUCUGCUCAGCUCCUUUGUGCUCGACAACGAUGGCACCGGCUGGACGCUGGAGCACCGGGUGGCGCUCAGCAAGCUCUGGGCGGAUGGAGGCCACCUAUGGCUGCCCUUACCGGCGGGGAAGACGCCACAAAUUGAGCUUCUUGACCCACUUAACGCCAAUGUGGUGUACCUCACGGUUGACAAGAAACACGUCAUCGUCGUGGACAUGAACAUGAAGAAGGUGAUUGGGAGCUAUCGGUAUGGAAAGGACUUCUCUGUACCAUGUGUUCUUCCUCCGUGGCUUGGAUCGAGCCGGAUCCCUUCUGCAGGUAAGGCCACCGGAAAAGACAAGACUCUGUCAGACGUGUUGGUUCGCUCAGACAUCCAGUAGAAGAGACGAAGGUUUCUUAAAACUAAGAGGUGGUGAUGUCCAAUCCUGAUGGUGGUCUCUCAUUUUGGGGAAAAUCUGGAGAAGUCCUGGUUUGAUGGAGUUUUGCGAUCAACUUACUGUAUCUCAUUUUGAGGGGAAACUUGGAGAAUUUUCAGACUAUGGGUUCACAACAGAACAGAGCAUUGCAGUCGAAUUGCUAACUCAGUCAGCAAGUAACGGGCAUCACAGAGCAUCGUGUAUGUCGUGUUUUACUAGCUAGAAAAUACAUUCCUAGAAAAGGGUUGGUGCUUGGACAUGUUUACUCUUGUGCAAUUAUCAUAUUUAUUUACGGGUCCUUGCGUAACCCAUCCAUGCUG